CCCCAAAACACAGCCAUCUCUUUACGUCGUCGUUUCACUACCAUUCUGAAAUGCUCAGAGCCAAUUUCUUGGUCUCAUGCAUCUUCUCUUCGAUUAACUUCUGGGCAACCAAACGGGAAGGUAAAGAAGCUUGUUAGGGUUUUGGACGAUGAUAUACACGGCGAUAGACACCUUCUACCUGACCGACGAGCAGUUGCAGAACUCGCCGUCGAGGAAGGACGGGAUUGAUGAACCCAAGGAAACCACGCUCAGAAUCUACGGCUGUGAUUUGAUCCAAGAAAGCGGAAUUCUGCUCAAAUUACCUCAAGCUGUAAUGGCGACUGGUCAGGUUCUGUUUCACCGCUUCUAUUGCAAGAAGUCCUUUGCUCGCUUCAAUGUCAAGAAAGUUGCGGCUAGCUGUGUGUGGCUUGCAUCGAAACUGGAGGAAUGCCCUAAGAAAGCCAGACAGGUGAUCAUUGUUUUCCACCGGAUGGAAUGCAGGAGGGAGAACCUACCCAUUGAGCAUUUGGAUCCAUAUUCAAAGAAAUAUUCGGACUUGAAGAUGGAGUUGAGUAGAACAGAAAGGCAUAUUUUGAAAGAGAUGGGUUUCAUUUGUCAUGUUGAACAUCCUCAUAAAUUCAUAUCAAAUUACCUUGCCACUCUGGAAACACCUCGGGAAUUAACACAAGAAGCCUGGAAUCUAGCAAAUGACAGUUUGCGCACAACAUUGUGUGUUCGAUUCAAGAGCGAGGUGGUUGCUUGCGGUGUGGUUUAUGCUGCUGCUCGGAGAUUUCAAGUACCACUUCCUGAAAAUCCACCAUGGUGGAAGGCAUUUGAUGCUGAGAAAUCAGGGAUUGACGAAAUUUGUAGGGUUCUGGCUCAUUUGUACAGCCUUCCUAAAGCAAAGUACAUACCAGUCUGUAAAGAGGGUGACUCUUUUACAUUCUCUAACAAGUCAUGGAUUUCGUCUCUGCCAGUUACAAAGGAAGUUCCAAAGAAUGCUCCCGCUCCCGCAGCUAUUGAUGAUACCUCUAAUUCAAAGGAUACAACAGCAUUGAAUCCUGAAUCUAGUGGAUCAAAGGGUGUGUUGGUCAAGCUACCCGUUGACAAGCCAAAGGACUCUAAAGAGAGUGGUGAUGAAGCCAAGAGCAUGGCUGUUGAGGGAGAGGCAAGAGAAGAUGUCAAUAUGAAGUCAAAGUCUGAACGCCGCAUGGAAUCAAGCGGUGAUAAAAGCAAGGACAGAGAGAGGGACAGGGAAAGAGAUAGGGAAAGGGACCGGGACAGGGACAGAAUAAGGGCUCGGGAUCGUGAUAGGGGCAGGGAUUCUGACCGAGAACGAGAUCGAGAGGAGGCCGAGAGGGACAGAAACAGGGAUCGGAGUCGUCGUUCAAAGGAUAGAGCAAAAGACUCAGGGGGGCAUUCAGACAAAUCGAGGCAUCACUCGUCACGCGAUCGUGACUAUCACAGUUCCUCGUAUUCUUCCCGGGAUAAGGAUCGCCAUAGACAUCAUUCGCAUGCUUGAACUAAUAGCCAAGACGCCUCUCCUUUUCCCUUGUAAGUGAACGAAACUGAACGUACUUCGGCUGCAUUUUUACAAUUUUUCAGAUGUAAAAGUGAAUUAGAUUUCGGUAGGAUGUGUGCAAUGCACAGCAUUGAUCCUUCUAAAUCUUCAUUCUGUUGUUGGAUAGUUGAAUACUUGAAUUACUUGUGAUAUCCUUACAUCCUUCUUGGUUGAGAACCAAACUUGUA